AUGGGCAACUUCAAUCGAGGUUAUGCCACGGGCCUGCAGGGCAAAUGGCUGCAAGCCGGCAUCACGUUAUGCUCAGCCUGGGCUUUCACCCUCUUUGGAUAUGACCAGGGCGUACUCGGCGGCCUCAUUGCACUGCCGAACUUCCUCGAAAGCAAUCGGAUGGACCCCAAAGACGCCGAGCUGCAAGGGACCGUCGUUGCGAUCUACAGCGUCGGCUGUUUCACCGGCUGUCUGAUCAUGGCGUUCAUAGGAAAGCUGCUUGGACGUCGAAUGUUCAUCGUCAUCGGCGGUCUUCUCAUUCUGCUCGGGGCAGGCCUGCAGACUGGCUCGCAUGGCGUUGGAUACUUGAUUGGUGGACGAGUAAUUGCUGGCAUUGGGAUGGGCUUCAAUUCGACCAUGGUACCGAUAUGGGUUGCCGAAACAUCGAAGCCGCGAAGUCGUGGUGCAUUGGUCGCCGCACAACUCACCGUCGUCAUCCUGGGAGUGGUCAUCGCUUAUUGGGUAGACUACGGAAUGAUCGAGAACUAUGUCGGCGAUAUCGUCUGGCGCUUCCCAAUCGGCUUUCAAAUGGUCUGGAUAGGGCUCUGUUUCUCGAUGAUCUUGUUCCUGCCCGAGUCACCACGAUGGCUUCAUGCAAAUGGACAUCAUGACGACGCCGAUGCCGUGAUGGCGAGGAUCUACAGCGUUCCUGUGAGUGGAAAGGAGGUCGCCAUGCACCGCCGAGACAUCCUGACUGCGCUCGACUCGGAGCGUGAGUUCAAGUUCACGUGGAAAACUCUGGUCCACGAUGACUCCGGCCUGAAUGUCACAUGGCGUCUGUGGCUUGGUGUUCUCACGCAGUUCUUCCAACAGAUGAACGGUAAUAACAUGGUCUCGUACUACGCAACGUACCUCUUCAUCAACUCCCUUGGCUACGCACAGAGUCGUGCAGCAUUGAUGGCAGGAGGAGUGACGCUGCUCUUCUUCGGGGGCACCGCGACCACAAUCUACACUGUGGAGCGUUUCGGGCGUCGAUUCGUCUUCCUUUGGGGAGCCGUCAUGUGCUCGCUCUUCAUGAUCCUCUUCACAGUCGGUCUGGCAGUCAACAGUCCCUCCUCCCUCAACCUCGCCCUGGUCAGCAUCUUCCUGUUCGAGUUCUUCUUUGGAGCAUCGUGGUGCCCGAUGCCGUGGGUGUACGUCCCCGAGAUCGCUCCGCUCCACGUCAGACACGUCGGAACAGCGAUGGGAACAUUCACGCAAUGGUUCGUCACAUUUAUCGUGGUGAAGUUCGGACCCCAGGGCAUUACACAGGCUGGCUGGAAAUUCUACCUGUUGUUCUGCGUCUUCAACGUCGGGGCGGUCAUCUUUGCAUACUUCUGCAUCCGGGAGACACAAGGAAAGACUUUGGAAGAGAUCGAUCUGGUCUUCGCGACGAAGGAGUACAGGCCUAUCUUGGAGGCUCGCAUACGCGAGAACGGGCAGAGAGCGGAGAAGGAGGCGCGAGAUAGUGGUGAAGAGCAUGAUGAUGGUGCGAGAGGGACAAGCAAGACGCUCGUCGAGCAUCAGGAAGGUCCGACAAGCAGAUUUGAGUCGGUCUGA